UGACGUUGAUAUUUCUUUCGACCGGGCGACGCCCACGCGACUCUUUUCUUCGGGUUGGCGAGGGUUGAUUGUUUCCUAUCUCCGUUCUCGACAUUUCCAGAUUUUAUUUUGUUAAUUUUCUUGUCUAAAUAACCGUUUUGCGAGCUUUGUUGCCCAAUUCAGCUCAAUACAAUAAGGUAAUUGCCCUUUUACUCAGUUUUUUUUGCACCACGUGGGACACAAUUUCGGAGGAACAACUUUGGAAGGCUUUGCUGCUGCAGCCAAAUAGCGGCGCAGAAACACUAAGACAAAAAAGUAAAACAGAAAUAAUACAAUACAAACAGUAACUAUAGUUGAACGAUACAAACAGCGUUCCUAACAACCAUUGUUCUGGCUCAUUUUGUACUAUGGAAGCGAUGGAUCUUGACGCAAUGGCCGAAAGCCUACAGGCAACUAUCGAGGGUAUACCGUCGGCACCUCAACCCAAGCCAAGCCAACCCAACUCAAGCCAACCCAAGCCAACCAAAUCCUCCCAACCCACCGAUAAUAAAGAAAAUUCAAAUAAUAGAGGAAGGAGCUGGAGAGCGAGGAGUGGCAGGGUCCAUAGGCGUAGGGAGCGCGUCAAUCUCCACCAACAGAAAACGCUAUUGUCGGCCGUAACAGACGCGGAGGCGAGUGCUAUUCUAAAGCACACCAAUAAAGGAGGCUACAUGGGCCAUUUCCGUGGCAGAGGAAAAAAUUAAUUUUUUUUAUUUUUAUUUUUUUGAAUUAUGUUUUUUUUAUAAAUAUAUUAUAAACAUUUG